GCUUGCUGUCUUUUGAGCGGCGCACGUGGAGCAAAAUCAAAGUGCUCACGUUUUUAUUUUGUUUCUGCUCAAAUAUUAAUUAAAUUUAGUUAGAAGCAUGGGUCGCAAGGCUGAGUUUGAUGAGAAACCGAAGAAGGGACCUGGCCGCAAGGCGCGCAAACAGGGAGCACCCGUAUUCCGCAAGCAGUCUUUUGCUCCCCAGGAAGAGGAGGACAAAAAGCUGUCUCACCGUCAGAAGCAGCGGUUCGUCAAGCGGGAACAGAAGAAGGUAGUGCAAAAAGCCAAAAUACAGGAGAAGCGUGCUAAGGGGCAGCAAAAGCAGCUGGCCCAAAGACAAAAGAAAUACAACAGCGACAGCGAGCCCGAGGAUGAGGUUGUGCCCGAAGAUGGUGCUGCAUCCUCAGAAGAGGAGGUUCCACAGCUUGUACCAGCUGGCAAACCACAAAAGGGAUUCACAGAUGAAAAUGACGAUUGGCUAAAGCCAAAAAGCAGCAAACAGAAAAAGGUGCCACAGCCCGAGCCUGAUUCAGAGGAGGAGUUGGAGGAGGAGGAGGACUCUGAUGCUGAGCUGGAGGCAGAAGAUGACUCUGACGCUGAAUUAGAUGAAGAGGUAGACGACGAAGAUGAGCAGGAGGAUGAAGAUGUUUCCGAUGACGAUGAUGCCCAGGUUGGCAAGCUAGCCGAUCUGUCCGACAAUGAUGACGAUGAUGAUGCCAACUCAGAUGAUGAUUUUGAUAUAUCCGAUGAUGAAGGAGCCCAAGCAGGCAGUGGUAGCGAUGAUGACGACGACGAGGAUGAUGAUGACGACGAUGACAAGCUUCCCAUUGAGCGCGCCAAUAAAAAACUGAAGAAGCGCGAGGCCAAGGAGGCGCUGGAGGCAGAGGAGGAAAUGCAGAUGACAGUGGAUCAUCAGGAUGUGUUCCAGCUGCCGACCGAAGAGGAAGAUGCCGAGAAAGACAUCACCUUGCAGGACGUGCAGCAGCGCAUCAAGGACAUCACCCUGGUCCUGUCUGACUUUAAGAAAUACCGCCAGGCAGAUCGCUCCCGCAGCGAGUACAUCGAUCGACUGCGCCAGGAUCUUUGCCUGUACUACAGCUACAAUGAUUUCCUAAUGGAGAAGCUCAUGGAUAUGUUUCCCCUGAGCGAGCUCAUGGAAUACCUAGAGUCAUCGGAGGUGGCCCGUCCGCUCACAAUCCGUACGAACACGCUGAAGAUACGCCGUCGGCAGCUGGCCGGCGCUCUGAUCAAUCGUGGCGUCAAUCUGGAUCCCUUGGGCAAGUGGACCAAAGAGGGCUUGGUCAUCUUCAACUCGCAGGUGCCGCUGGGUGCCACUCCGGAGUAUCUGGGCGGUUAUUAUAUGAUUCAGGGCGCCUCGUCGAUGCUGCCCGUGAUGGCGCUUGCCCCGCAGGAGAACGAACGCAUUCUGGACAUGUGCUCCGCUCCAGGCGGCAAGGGCUCACACAUUGCGGCCGCCAUGAAGAACUCUGGCGUGCUCUUCGCCAACGAUUCCAACAGGGAUCGCAUCAAGGCCGUUGUGGCCAACUUCCAUCGCCUGGGCGUUGUAAAUUCCGUGGUGAGCUGCGAGGAUGGUACCAAGUUCCGUAAAAUAAUGACUGGCUUCGAUCGCGUCCUGCUGGAUGCUCCCUGCACUGGCACUGGUGUCGUGUCGAAGGAUCCCAGUGUGAAGACCACGAAGUCGGAUGUGGAUGUCCAACGCUGCUACAAUCUUCAGCGCAAGCUUCUCCUCACCGCCAUCGACUGUGUGGAUGCGAAAUCGUCAACAGGUGGCAUCAUUGUGUACUCCACCUGCUCUGUGCUGCCCGAGGAGAACGAGUGGGUCAUCGACUAUGCGCUGAAGAAGCGCAACGUCAAGCUGGUACCCACAGGACUCGACUUUGGUGUCGAGGGCUUCACGAAGUUCCGCCAGCAUCGGUUCCAUCCCAGCUUGAAUCUGACCAAGCGCUACUAUCCACACACCCACAACAUGGACGGCUUCUAUGUGGCCAAGCUGAAGAAGUUCUCCAACACGAUACCCAUAACCAAGGAACAGCAGGAGGAGGACGAGAAGCAGCUCGAUGAACCCAUAGAGGGCGAGACCACCACCGAAGCAGCGGCUGAGGGAGCGGCUGAGGAUGCAGAAGAAAAUGCGGAUGAGAAAGCUCCCCGCAAGCUGCUGGGCAAGCGGGCCGGCAAGCCAAGCCUCACAGACAUUGACCAGGAUCUGAAGAAGAAGAAGCUCGAGGCGAACAAGAAGAAAUACGUGGCAAAGGUGUUUGAGAAACCCGUCAAGGUGGCCAAGACACCAAAGCCAGAGCAACCACAGGAGACGAACGGUGCACCGAAGUCGCAAAAGAAGAAUAAGCCCCAGGAGACGAACGGUGCACCGAAGGCCGAAAAGAAGGAGAAGCCCCAGUUCAAGCCAGAGCAGGCCAAUGGCAAAGGGAAAACCAACGAAACCGGAAGCCGCAAGAAGUUCCCGUCUCAGCCAAAUGGAAAGGCGUCUCCUGGAAAGUCAGCUGCACCCAAGCCCCAAGCGAAAAAGUUUCCAGCCAAAGGACAAAAGGGCCAAGCCAAACAGCAGGCAGCUAAGCCAGCAGCAAACGCCAAAGGCAACGCCACACUGGCCAAGGCGCCGCGCAUCGAUGCCGACGAUGUGCCCGUGCUGGAGGGCAAACCCAUCAAAAGGCAGAACAACCUGAAGCAGAAGUCCAAGCAGAUUGGGCAGCUGAAGAAGUCCAAGACGGGAGCAAAUCCAAAUCCAAAAGGAGGCAAGAAGCAAAAGUUUAAGAAGUGAACACGUCAACAAGGUUCCAAGUCGGUUAAGUAGUUGCUUAAGUGUAAGCCUGAUGCCCGGGCAAAUGCUUGGGGGUAGUGCCUAAAACAAUUGUCUGUUUUAUACUGAAAACUGUUUCUAUGUCUUAGCUGCGGAUUGAAUUGUAAUUAACGAACAUAAUCAAUAAACGUAAAGCUCGGAUUAAUGUAA